AUGGAUCUCUACGCAUACUUGGUGGUGCUGUUUGUAGUCCUGGGCUUCAUCCUGGUGCUUCCAUUGGUAUCCGGCACUUUCUCCUACAAGCUGGCCACGCCGGGUGGGAAAAAGGGCUUUGGCAAAGAAUCGUCGUCUUCAAAGUCCUCUAGAUCGAAAAACGGUGCUCGUUUCAAGAUCGAACUGAAUCAUACUGGCCCCAACACAGCCUCUGGCUCUCGCACAAGCACGCUCCGGAAACGCCAGGGCUUCACAAUCGAUAACGAUCCCAACACGUUCGACUACGAUCUUACAGAAUUGAUAGAAGAGGACCAACGCGAAGAACAGCGUGAACAGGAACUACGGUACCAGAGACUUGCCGGUCGUGAACAAGAAAACAAUGAGUUGUUAGUCUAA